AUGGUGGGAAGACUCCUACUAUUGUCGGGGCUUAUAGCCGUCGCAUCAGCGACAGUUAAGUUACAGGAGGUGUUCUCCUGGAAUGUUUUGGACUGGAACUAUCCUGACGAGUAUCUGAAACAGCAAGCCCUCCAAACAGGCGCACUUAUCCGACAAAAUGCUCUCCCCGUUGGAAUCGAACGUUGGAGAGACAAGCUUUUUGUCAGCGUACCUAGAUGGCGACCAGGUAUUCCAGCAACAUUAAACUACAUUCCCUUGGAUGCACCCUAUGAACCUUCACCAAAGUUGACUCCUUAUCCAAGCUUCAGGGGAAAUGAGCUGGGCGAUUGUCAAAAUGGUCUGAACACAGUUUACAGAAUUAAAGCCGACAAAUGUGAUCGUCUUUGGGUUCUUGAUGUCGGAACAUAUGGAUACGAUAAUACAACCAACGUCUGCCCCUAUACUCUAAAUGUGUUCGACUUAAACACUGAUAAACGUAUUAGACGAUAUGUAUUCCGACCAGAAGAUAUCGUCUCUACCACAUUCAUUGCCAAUAUUGCGCUCGAUGAAGGUAUUUCAUGUGACGACACUUUCGCCUAUUUCUCUGAUGAACUUGGCUAUGGACUUAUUGCUUAUUCCUGGGAAAAAAAUAGGUCUUGGAGAUUCAGUCACAGCUACUUCAUGCCUGAUCCUCUUGUUGGAGAUUUCAACAUCGCUGGUCUCAACUUCCAAUGGGGUGCUGAAGGUAUAUUCGGUAUAUCAGCAUCUCCGAUGGGAGGAGAUGGAUACAGAACUCUCUAUUUCAGCGCCCUUUCAAGUAAUACAGAAUUUGCUGUAUCAACUCGCAUUUUGAGAGAUGAAUCUAAAGCGACUAAAGGUUCCUUCAAUGACUUUAAAGUUGUUGGUAAUCGUGGACGCGACACACAUACUACAGCUAAAGUAAUAGACGUUACAGGAGUUCAACUAUUCAGCUUAAUUGAUCAAAAUGCCAUCGGUUGCUGGAGUUCUCGUAUUCCUCUUAAGCCUCAAAAUAUUGCUGUCGCUGAUAAAGAUGACGUUGGUCUAAUCUUUCCAAGUGACGUAAAAAUUGACGCAGGCAGAAAUGUGUGGGUAAUAUCAGACCGUAUGCCAGUCUUUUUGGAAUCAGAAUUGAACUAUGGUGAUAUUAAUUUUAGAAUAUUCGUUGCUCCCCUAGAAAAAUUGAUUGAAGGAACUGUUUGUGAAGUUGAACCGCUUAAUACACUAGUAUCAAAAGAAAUUUCGCUAUACAGUCCACAUCUUGAAACAAUUUCUCAAAUUCCAUCAAAAAUUUUCUUACCAGCUACUACUUCCAAACCUUUAGUAUCCACUUACAAUCCUGUCUUUUCUCAAAACGCAAUCAAUACUGUUGGGAACUCGCAAUUAUAUAGUAGACAAUUUCCACGAUCAUCUUUCUUCCCCCCACCACAAUCAAGAUUCGCUAACAAUAACCAAUGGUGGUUAAGAAAUAAUCAA